CGUAUUAAAAUUAUAACAAUAACGGUUAGUCCUUGACUACUCCGGCCACAAUUCGUGGUAUAAAAGCUGUCAGUGUGCAGCUUCAGGCAUCAGUCACUCAGUGUACAGUACUAUAGACAACAUGAAGUUCUUGAUUGUAGUAGCUCUUGCCGUCGCGGCAGCAUCCGCUGAUGAAGCCAAGAAGACCGAGAAACGCGGUGUUGCCGGUCUUGGUUAUGGGGGUCUCGGCUACAGCGGCCUUGCCGGCUCCGGACUUGGUGGUUAUGGUGGCUACAGCGGACUUGGCUACGGUGGUGGCUACGGCGGAUACGGCGGAUACGGUGGUGGAUACGGCGGAUACGGAGGAUACGGUGGAUACGCACCCGUUGCAGUAAGCAAAGUUGCCUACACCACCGACCACACCGGUUACAGCGGUCUUGGCGGAUACGGAGGCUACGGUAGCCACGGUCUCGGAGGUCUUGGAGGUUACGGAAGUUACGGAGGAUACGGUGGAUACGGGUCAUACGGAAACGGCUACUACGGCUCCUCAGCUGCCGGUUACGGAGGUCUUGGCUACGGCGGUUACGGCCACGGUCUUGGCUACGGAUACCACUAAACUAUAACAACUACAUUAGAUGGCGCUGCUAACUAACAUCUAUCUCGCACAUUUUUUUGUAAUACUUUAAUGCUUUUUAGCAAGUUGGUAAAGUAUUUCAAUGCAAUGAAUUGAUUCGCAAUAAAGAAAAGUGCCAUCUAGUGACGAUAUAAUGUGUUCAUAUAAAUACUCAACCGGAGAGCAUUCAUGACAAAUCAAGAUCAUUAAAACUACCUUUUGUGAUAUUUUGUACAAUGAAUUUUAUGUAUCAUUUGUAAAUAUGUAAUAAAGUUAUUAUAUAUACA